AUGUCUCCUCUGGCGCCGUCGUCGGAGCCGGAGCCGCCGUUCCGGCCGAGGGAGAAGAUCGUGGAGAAGCAGAGGUACUUCCAGAGCGUCCACAAGCCGACGUACCUCAAGGGCCGCUACGACGUGGUCACCUCCGUCGCCAUCCCGCUCGCCCUGGCCGUCUCCAGCAUGUUCCUCGUCGGGCGCGGGAUCUACAACAUGUCCCACGGCAUAGGGAAGAAGGAGUGAGCAAUCAUACAAGGGCAGGCUGUUGCCCUUCUCUGGCUAUGUGGACUGUGGUCUUGCUUUGCCUACGCGUCUACUGUAACACAAUUCGAG